AGAUAACAUGGCGGAGGCUGCGCAGACCUCCGGUGCUCAGCAGCUGUUACCGGAGGAGCAGGAGCGGACCGAUGGGGCAGGAGACAGCGGGACACCGGGAGCUGCUGCAACCGGGGACAAACCCGUGUGUCUCAUCGUGCUCGGGAUGGCGGGAUCCGGGAAAACCACCUUUGUUCAGAGACUCACAGCUUAUCUUCACUCACACAACUCUCCUCCGUACGUCAUCAACCUCGACCCGGCCGUGCACGAGGUUCCAUUCCCUGCAAACAUCGACAUUCGGGACACAGUGAACUAUAAAGAGGUGAUGAAGCAGUACGGCCUCGGACCCAACGGAGGCAUCGUUACGUCUCUCAACCUGUUCGCUACGCGCUUCGAUCAGGUGAUGAAGUUCAUAGAGAAGAAGCAGCAGAACCACAAGUACGUGCUGAUUGACACUCCCGGUCAGAUUGAAGUCUUCACCUGGUCGGCGUCAGGAACCAUCAUCACCGAGGCUCUGGCGUCCACCUUCCCCUGUGUGGUGGUUUACGUCAUGGAUACGUCUCGCAGCGUCAGUCCCGUCACGUUUAUGUCCAACAUGCUGUACGCCUGCAGUAUUCUCUAUAAGACCAAACUUCCCUUCAUCGUGGUCAUGAACAAGACGGACAUCAUCGACCACAGCUUCGCCGUAGAGUGGAUGAAAGACUUUGAGGUUUUUCAGGACGCUUUGAACCAGGAAACAUCGUAUGUGAGCAACCUGACGCGCUCCAUGAGUCUGGUGCUGGACGAGUUCUACACCAACCUCAGAGUAGUGGGCGUUUCCGCGGUGACCGGCAGCGGAUUGGACGAGCUGUUCGUGCAGGUCGGCGACGCUGCUGAGGAGUACGAGAGAGAUUAUCGACCAGAAUAUGAACGACUCCGUAAACAGCUGGCGGAGGCUCAGAGUCAGAAGCAGCAGCAGCAGCUGGAGCGACUCAGGAAAGACCUCGGAGCCGUCGACCUGACGACGCCUGCAACAGAGGAAGUGAACAUCGCCGGGCCCAGUGACCUCAUCAUGACCCGCGGUAACCCUGACGACGACGACGAAGACGAGGACAGCGACACGGACGACAUCGACCACAGCACGACGGAGGAAAGCAAAGAGAAAGACGCGUUUGGAAACUUCCUGAAGCAGAGGAAGGAAGUCGUUCAGGUUCGGAACAGGAAGUGUGAGAUGCCUGAGGGACCCUGACCUUUGACCCUUAACCUCUGACCCCUGACCUUUGACCCGAUGAGGGAGAGCAGACAGUGACAGAACAUAGAAGAAGGAAAUAAACAGGUUUCCCUCUGUUGGGUCCAGACUACGACCUGGAGUCAGAAUGGACGGGAGUAGCUACUUCCUGUCUGAUGACGGAGGAAAAGUCGACUUCCUGCUGCGUCCGAAGGUAGAAUCUGUACUUCCUGUCUGAUCAGGUGACAUCACUCCGCACCAUGAAGCUGAUUGGUUGCUCCUCAGUGCCCCCCCCCCCUCCUCCCUCAUUAAGAAAUAAAAACUUAUAUUUUUAUAUCAGAAGGAAAAACUCUUAAAAUCUGC